AUGGCGGAUGAUGAAACACCAUCUUCUUCGAUUUGUACCAUAAAAAUGGAUAUCAACUGCUGUCAAAAGUGCCCUUUAAAGCUAGAAAGGAAGCUCCUCAAAUCAACUGGUGUGGAAUCCGUUGCCAUAAACCCACACAAAGGGCUGGUAACAGUAAUAGGCGACAUUGACCCAAUUGUGCUCUUACAAAAAUUACAAGCAAUGGGCAAAGAAACCAAGCUCUGGUUCUUUCAAAAGGAACCUGACCGCGACGACUGUUCGAAGAGUGCUUCAAAGAUAGAACAUGACAGCAUUGAAUCUGAUAGUUACGAUGAAGAUGACAACAAACAGUUUGGUUGGCAUUCACAACAUAAGUGUGUAACAGAAACAAUGGAAAUGAAGGAAGCUACGUCUUCUGAUGUUCAUUCGUGUUCGUAUUCACAGAGCUUGCCGCCUAUGUCUUCUAAUGUCCAUGCAUAUCCGUAUUCUCGGAGCUUGCUGCCUGCUAAGUCUUCUAAUGUUCAUGCAUACUCGUAUUCUCGGAGUUUGCCUCGAUUUGGAUACCAAACUGGGUGGCCAUAUCAGCAAUCAGUUCCUGGCCAUACAUUCACACCUCACAGUUACCACUUACAACCACAUCCGCAGCCACCUACUUAUCAUUAUUUUCAGAAUCGAUCUCCCCCUCGAGAUAAUCCUAUGGUGCAUUAUACUGACUACAGAGACAAUUAUAGGUUCUAG